AUGGGAAAUUCUGCUUCUUCCAAAAAUGAACAUGUGCAAAAAAGCCUAAUUCUGUUAAAUGAUGAUCUUACGUAUAAUUUAAAAAAAAAAAAUCAAGGAACUAAUGUUGAAGCUAGUGGAAAAAAGGAAGAGAUGGAGAAUAACGUAAAGGAACAAUACAUCGCACAAGUUUCAUUAGAGGAAAAAGAACGCCAAUACAAAAAAAUACGCAGCGAGAUCGUCAAAGACCUCAUUAAAGAACGCGAGAAAUAUAUGAACAAACAAAAAGAUACAUUUCACAUUACAAAUGGUGAUGACAGUGAUGACCAUUUCAGGGAUUCUCAAAUGAAUAAUAAUAAAUGCAUUAAUGAUGAACACAAAAUAUUUAAAUGUUUGAAAAAUAUGAAUGAAUCUACAACAGGAUUUGUUAACUCUUAUUCCAGAUGCUGCAGAUACUUAAGAAAAUAUGAAAACUGUGUACAUAAAGUAGGGACAUAA